AGAGUUGCUCUGUGCAGACGGUGGCGUAUCGCUCGGCGCUCAGGAGCUGGAAUUGAGUAGGCGGGAGAAGCCAUGGCGACUUACCUGCUGGCAUUUGGCAUCUCGGUAGGGGUGUAUGUGUUGGUCUACUACAACUGGAUCCGGGGGAGAAGAUGCACGAGUGACACCAGCCUCAAGGGGAAGACUGUCAUAGUCACGGGAGCCAAUGUAGGAAUUGGAAAAAUGACAGCUCUGGACAUGGCCAAACGCGGAGCCCGUGUCAUCUUGGCUUGUCGCGUUAAGGAAACCGCAGAGGCAGCCGUAUACGAUAUAAGAAGGAUAUCUGGGAACAAUGAGGUGCUCUUUAUGAAACUUGACCUGGCCAGUCUUGAGUCGGUUAGAGCAUUCUGCAAAAACUUCCUCAGUUCUGAACCCCGACUAGAUAUUCUUAUCAACAAUGCAGGUAUCGAAGGCAAAGGAAAAACUAAAGAUGGAUUCAACUUGAUGAUUGGGGUCAAUCACUUGGGCCACUUCCUCUUGACCAACUUGCUUCUGGACCGUCUCAAGCAAAGCAGCCCCAGUCGGAUUGUCGUCUUGGCAUCAGAAGCGUAUAAGUACGGAAAAAUUGAUUUCAAGAACCUGAACCCACCUGCGGAAAGCUGGAAAGAAACACUGCAAUCGUACUGCGACAGCAAGCUGGCUAACGUUCUGUUUGCCCGGGAGCUAGCUAACAAAUUACUGGGGACCGAUGUCACGUGCUAUUCCGUCCAUCCAGGAGUGGUGCUCACUAAUCUGGGACGCAAUCUUCCACAUUGGUUAAAAGUAUUGCUGUUUCCAGUAGCCUGGCUCUUCCUCAGAACACCUACGGAUGGAGCACAGACGUCCAUCUAUUGUGCCGUGCAAGAAGAGAUAGAAAUGUACAGUGGCCGCUACUUUAACAACUGCAGGGUGCAGAAGGUGCUGCCUCAUGCUCGAGAUGAUGCCAGAGCCAAGAAGCUGUGGGAAGUCAGUGAAGAAUUGACCGGAUUAGCCAACUGAGAGUUAGACCACACAUGACUUCAUCCAACAACGUUAAUGAGAAGUCUUUGUGUUGCAGUCCAUCAAUUCAGCACGAUUCAUUGAAGAUCAAGGGCUAAUUCAACUUCUUAUAUCACUUUAUUUGUCAGUAUAUCAAUUUUUUACCAAGGCUAAUAGAGUUUUCUGGG